GUUAAAAAAGAUAACAGCCAAUUGCAUGUCGACGAUUCGCGCAUGCGCAAUAUGUUAUAUAUAUAUUUAUUAUGUAUCACAUAUGCAAGGGAGUGCAUUGCAUUUUUUGCGCCUUGUAUAUUUAACUUUGUGGAAGGGGAAGCAAUCAAACGAAGGGGAAGUUGCACCCACCACCUGCAGUAAAGCAGCGCGCGCGGUUAGAAACGGUUGAAUGUUUGCGCACGACUUAAUGUUGUUUUACUUUUUCAUCGGUCGAAUGGAGAAACAAUAAACUAUUCUAAAAAGGAAGGCUUUACAAAAAAUCUCAUCGAAAUAGAAAUUAUUUAGAUACAUUGAAUCGCGAGCGCGACUAUAUUCGUCGAUAAAAUAGAAUGCGAUAACGGACCGAUAAAUAACGAUUAAAAACGAUGAUUGUUCUCUUGCGUUACGUCGGACGAAUGACGUCACAAAAAGGAUGACCGCGUGGGUGUCUCGCGAAUCGCUUCGAUUCUCUGACUGGGUUGAAUUUUCAAAUACAAUUGAUCCGUAGCAAAUGCGCGUAACAAGAGAUUUGGAAGGAAAUAAAGAACAAAAGAGGAAAAAUUCUUCGAUUGGUCGGUGUCAAAGAGAAAGAAGGAAAAAAAGACAGAGAGAGAGAGAGUGAGAGAGAGUAGUGAGAGGGAGAGAAGAAAAGCCGAAUAGUAAUAGUAGUAACAUGAAGUACUAUAUUUCAUCUACGAAUCGAUAAUUCGAAUAGGCACAACGAGUUGCGAUAUUAAGGUCCAUCGUCCAAUUCCUAAAAAUAUCGAACAUUACAACGGGUAAGAUUCGAUAGCCUUAUUCACCAUCCCUUUUCCCUUCUCUUUGCUCUCCUGUUGUCUUCUCCCUCUCCCUCUCCUUCUCCCUCUUCUAAUCCUCCUCUUUCUCCUCCACCUCCGCCUCCUACGAGAAUUCUCUGUCGUAUCCACUCGAGAGUGACACGGUAGAGUUCGCUCGAGGAGGAACCCACCCCUAAUUCUCGUUUCCUAACCGGCCUCCUCUCUCUCUCUCUUGCCCUCGCCCUCGCCCUCACGCGGGCCGGCCGUGUGCGAGCUAACGGUGUGCAAUCGUCUCGCAAUACUACCGAAUAUCGCGAUAUUGACAAGGACGACGAGGAUUGAGAGGAGGAGGACGAUAACUACGACAUUCUCUAACAUAGACGAUUGACAACAUGUGUGACGUCGCAAACGAAAAUGAGAAAAUGAGGUAUCGGUAUGGUCGUGCCUCAAUACAUCGAAGAAAAUGGCCCUUGCGAUUGGCAUUUUUUCUUGUCUAUGUUCUCGUGCAAUUUGUGGCCUCCUCGAAGUUACCAAUCACAUACUCACCCUCGUAUCCGGCCUCAACGGAGUACGAAGAAAGUUCGACGUUGGAAUCGACUGUAUCCUCUUACUAUCCAACAUCGACCGAAUUCGAAUUAACGUCCUCGAUAAUGCAAACUUCGAUACCAGCAUCAAUUUCCGGUGAACAUCCAUCGAAAAAUACGAAGGAAUUGAAGAAUCCUACAAAGGAGAGAAAUAAGAGUGAGAAGAAUAAUGAAAAAACGAAUGCAAAAUCGAGGAUUCGUGAACAAACAAAGGAAGAAUCUAAAGAAAAAGAAACAGAAAAACCAAUGAAGGCGCCCGUUGCAGCAGCAGGUGUAGCAGCCGGUGCAGCUACAGCUGCAACCAAAACAAUUCCUAUCACUACCGCUACUAUUCCCACGAUACGAACAACGACUGCUGAAUACGUUCAUCCUACAUGGAGACCAAGAAGAGAAAACUGUUCACCACCUGCUAUCGAACAGUUCCCACGUCCUUUGAUGGGCCCUGAAGCAAGAAAACAUGGCGGACUUAUCAUACACGUUCUUGUUGCCGUCUACACGUUUCUUGGCUUGGCAAUCGUCUGUGAUGAUUAUUUCGUUUCUAGUCUUGACAGAAUUUGCGAAGAGUUAAGAUUAUCGCCAGACGUAGCAGGAGCAACUUUCAUGGCUGCUGGAUCUUCAGCACCAGAAUUGGCCACGGUCGUCAUUGGAGUUUUCUUCGCCAAGGAUGACAUUGGAGUUAGUGGAGUCAUCGGUAGCGCUGUUUUCAAUAUAAUGUUCGUUAUAUCCGUAUGCGGUCUCUGUACAACAACUGUUUCCAAAUUGAACUGGUGGCCUCUUGUACGAGAUUGUUUCUUCUAUGCUGUCUCUAUUCUGGUGAUGCUCGGUACAAUCUACAAUGAAACCAUAUCUUGGAUGGAGUCACUCUUCAUGUUGGUCAUGUAUGCGGUAUAUUGCGUAGCUCUCUCGUUUAACGAGAGACUUGAGCAAUGGGCGAAGUCGUACAAUAUUCCAUUUUUACCCAAGGACGACGAGCCAGCUGAAGAAAGUGCUUUGGUUAGUUAUAGAUCCUUGCAAGAAGAUCGAUUAUCUUACACGGGGCCUAAUUCACCUGUUAUCGAACAGGCUGCGCAAAUAAAGAAUCAGGAAGGAAAUGGUAUUCAAGAAACCUGUGAACAACCAUCAAUUCCAAAACCAACACCCCAAUAUUACAAAGCAAAAGAACCUGAUCCAAACGAAGUGUCGCCACUCGUAAUGCCUACAGAUGGAAAUAAAUGGAAUAUUUUCACAUGGGGUCUCGUGUAUCCUAUUCAUUUCAUGUGUCGAGCCACUAUGCCAGAUUGUAGGCAAGAAAGGUUUCGAAGUUGGUAUCCUUUCACCUUUUGCGUGUCCAUGGUGUGGAUAAGUUUCUACAGCUACAUCAUGGUCUGGAUGAUCACUAUUAUAGGUAGUACACUUGGUAUUCCUGACACUGUGAUGGGUCUGACUUUCGUCGCAGCUGGAGUUAGCGUACCAGAUGCUCUUUCUUCUUUAGCUGUGAUAAAAGAAGGUCUUGGUGACAUGGCUGUGAGCAAUGCUGUUGGUAGCAAUGUCUUCGAUAUUCUUGUAUGUUUGGGUUUACCAUGGUUCAUACAAACAGCGAUGAUACAGCCGGGUUCUCAUGUCAAUGUUACUAGCAGGGGCCUAACAUAUUCAACUGUCUCGCUACUCUCGACGGUAAUAUUUUUGGUAGUUGCGACACAUAUGAACGGAUGGAAGUUGGAUCGACGAUACGGUGUAGUACUGAUGGCAUGGUACUUAAUAUUCAUUAUCUUCGCAUCACUCUACGAACUCAACGUCUUCGGAGAGAUGAAUCCACCAGUAUGCCCAAGCUUCUUUUAAAUGGAAAACAGAAGAGACAAAGAAGAACAAAUAUAGCUACGAAGUGGAAGGAGACACACCAUUGAAACUUGCCCUGGAAUUGAUGCGCGAUAAUCCUUCGAAAUAGCCACUUGCGAUCGAUUAACUUUUUAGGCAAGGGCAAAGCUAAUCGAAGAGAGGAGCAAGAAAAAAGGAAUAUUAAAACAAAACAAAAAAAAGAAAAACUCAACGACAUCGAAAAGAAGAAAUAGAGAGAAAUAAGAGAAUUAAUCAAUAAUGUCGUUUACAUCUACUUUUUUUUCAACUACUAAGCGUUCAAGAUAGUACGAAAGCAUGAAAGUAGUAGAAGACGAAGACACGCUGUAUUACCGAGCCCCGCAUGAAAGAUAGAGUUUUUUUGGUGCUACAUACAUUAUACAUUAUAAAAAUAUCUCGAAAUAGUAUAUUGCUGACACUAAUCGUUUGUACAGCUCGUGACUCGUAUAGCUCCCUUCAGAAUCGGGAGAAUUUCUUCCAACGAUCGAUCGAUCGAUCGAGAACGAUCUUCUCGAAAUAAAUUUUGUAAUCGAGCGAUCAUCAUACAGCCGAUAGCUUCCAUUUGAAUAUUAAAUCUAAAUUCGACGACAUCGAAUAUAUUGGCCUAAAGCCAAUAAUCACUCGAAUUUUCCUCGUCGCUUUUUUGGCGUCGGGUUGAACCGAGAAGACAAUACAAUUAUCAGUAUUAAGACGCACUUGUUAUUCGACAAGCAUAAAAAAACAACGGCAGAUGGUCGGACGACGAAUCGAUCGUAUGAUUUGCAUCGUUUUUUUCUAACGAGCACAACGACGAUGCCAUAAAGGAUCUAUACCGGCACUUGAAAAGAAAGAAAUCCUUCUCGAAACGAUUGAUUGAUUCGUGUACGUACAAGUUACACGUAUUAUGAAAUAAAUGUUAAUAAUUAUUUUUUAAUUUAUUUACUUAAGAAUCCUCGUGUCAGCCAUAUAGAAUUAUCUUAGAUACUCAUAAGAAUUAUUAUACUUUUAUUGUCAGAUUCUAUUAUAGUUAUAAUUAUUAUUAUAUUAUACUUAUCGUAAUCAAGUUUUCAUCGAAAGGAACGCACCAUCGAAGAAGAUAACAUUUUUCAAACCAUAUUCCGAGAAAAUUUGGGUUUUUUCGUGAACAACAAAUGUCUCAUUAUCUUCGAUGAUUUUAAUCGUUUUACGAGACGACGGAUGCGAGUGUUUUUGUCGCGUUCCUGUGUUCAUCAUUUAUUUACAUUAUCGUUCGGUUUUCCCUAAUUUCAUCGAGUCAACAUCGAUGAAUUAUCAUCGACGUUAACACUAAUUUAUUAACACUAAUUUCAUUAAUCGCUCGUCCGUCCGUUGUUCUGAAAAACUUAAGAUAUCCUGUAUUUAACAUUUGACAACGAAAGGUAAACAUUCGCGAGAUCAAAGGAAAUAUCUUGUUAAUGCGAGCGCGUGAUAUAAAUCGUUAUAAUUUGCGAGCAUUUUUUUUCUUCUGUUGUUCUUUCCAUUAUUUUUUUUCUUUUUUUCUUAUAUUUAAUAGGACAAUUUCUACCGGGCAGAUCGAAUUUUCGUCAAAUCUUUCCUAAUCGAAGAUGCUUUAUGGAAUUGCCAUUGAAAGAUAGUGAAUAAUGAAAAAAAAAAACAAAAUAAACAAAUAAAAAAUUAUAUAGAAUAAAUAUAUUUCGACGAUCGCGAUAGAAGGGAAAAAAGGGGAAAUACGAGCGCGAAAGUAUAAACGAUAAAAAAAGACAAUAAUUAACGCAGCCUUAUCCGAUGAAAGUAUCUACAAGUCUCCUAAAAGGGAAAAAAGAGAAAAGAGAAAAAUAAAAUAAGAAAGAAAGAAAGGAAGAGGAAAAAAGACCUGCGCGUUCCUUGAGAUACCAAAUUCGGACGGACCCGAUGUGUUCUCGAUUUCGAACAUUGUUAUUGUUGAUAGAAAAAAAUUAAAGAAAAAAUUAAAAAAAAGAAAAAAAAUUUAGAAUCUCGUGAGAUAAUCGACAUGGCUCCGUUUUCGGGAUCCUUUGAUCUUUCGAUUUCAACGCGCAGGGUGGCAGAGUCCUUUCCGAAAGAAAGUAAACGCGUCUUUAAAAAAAGGAAAUAAUACUAAUAAUAAUAAACCGAGCCAAAAAGAAUUAAAGUAUACAAAUUUACACAAACUAUAAAAGAACAGGAACUCCGACACAUUCCGCCUCCGUCGCUUAAUAAAGUUAUCAGUUAAAAAAA